AUGGCUUACUUCAAAACUGCGGAGCCGGAAUUGAAUAAAGAGAAAAGGGCAAUGGUUUUGGAAGAAUGGCUGAAAGCGGAGAGAAGAUUCGGCGAGCUCGGCGACGUUGAUGCCGUGCUUGUUAAGUUGCCUAUGUUACUCAGAAUGACAAGGCAGCUUGGGACAUCUGCACAUUAUGAAGAAUACAUUGAGUACUUAUUCCCUGAUGAUGAACCGCCCUCCUCGAUUCUUCAGUCUUUGGAAGCUGCGUACCAUCAGAAGAUGCUGGAAAUCAUCACUCUGUUCAACUCUUUGAUGCCAUAUUAUUGCCUUGAAGGAACCCAGAGACGAUAUAGUAGUACACUUGGAGUAGAAGAAGAAGAAGGAACAAGGAAUUCAGCGGAGGCGCUGGAUUACUUCACAACGGUUGAGCUGGAGUCGAAAGAGAAAAGGGCAAUGGUUCUGGAAGAAUGGCUAAAUGCGGAGAGAAGCUUUGACGAAUCCGGCGCCGUUGAUCUGCUCCGUUUUAAGUUGCCUAAGAAACUCAAGAGGAGAAAGCAGAUUGAGAUCCCGGAUGGUACAUUAUGA